AUCACUCCCUUUGCAGUAGUUUGCCUUGCUGGCAUUUUCUUCUCUUCUGAAGCACACAAGGGAGGCCUCUGCUGGUCGCACAAAGCCGUACGUGGCUCUCAGUGACUUUACUUUCACUUUAUUUAUUUGUCAGUGACCUCCCCUGUUCAUGGAAGCAGGGAGACAACUUUUUCCGUAGCCCCUGUUUUACCUUUUUUCGGACAUAGCCUGGAAGGCGUGUAUCCCAUGGACAAUGCCCUACAGGACAUGUCAGGAGUAGGAGGUCUUGGCUGGAUGUGUCAAAGUCAGACAGGACUCACUCAGAUUUGUCAGACCGCUCUGUUUAUUAGCAAAGCCGCUCUGCUAAUUCACCCAGAAAAAUAUCAGUCUUAUUGUGAUCGACUGCGGCAGGACAUGUAUUUUCUCACAAGCAAUGGCAGACUGAGUGAACAUCUGGUUGAUAAAGUUAUUCUUCAGCUAAACAGAGUUUAUCCUCAGAUUCUCACCAAUAAAGAAGCAGAAAAGUUCAGAAAUCCAAAGGCAUUGCUUCAUAUUCGGCUGUCAGAUCUUAUAAGUCACCUACAAAAGAAAGGAGACAAACACUGUCAAGAAUUUUACAGGGCUUUACAGAUCAAUGCUGAACAACUGUAUAAUGACUUGCCAAGCAGGAAAACCCUGAAAACCUCAGCUUCCACAGGGAUAGACACAGACAAGGAGAAAUAUAUUCUAACUGACAGGGGUCCCAUGUUCUUCCUUGCUUGCUUUAGUGUGGCUGCAGGACUCGCAUUGUUCAUGUACUGCUGUACCCCAGAUCCAAAAGUAAUAGGAGGAGCCAAGAAAGUAUUGGGAUUUUCUCCUAUUAUCAUAGGAAGACAUGUUAGAAAUAUUUGUAUGGUAUAUAUAGAAGACACAUCAAGGAAAAAUUAAGGAAAAACUACUUCUUCAGUCUUCUAUGCAGUAUACCUGCCAAUGGAAAAACAAAUAUAUAUAUAUACACACACUAUAUAUUAUACCAAAGAUAUCAUUAACUGGCUUUAGCAGUAAAUAUGCUGCUUCAAGGUGCUUCCUAAGGGUCAACUAUAUAUGAACUUGGGGAAAUGGAUCAUUUAUUUUUGUAAAUGCUUCUUUUAAAAUAUUUAUCAUUUGGGGUGACUAUUUUUAAUACCUUAAAUGCAUAUCCUAAGCAAUUAUAGCUCAUAAGCCAUGUUUGUGUAUUUGUGUUUUAUACUGGUGUAGAGGAACAGCAUUUUAAAGGAUGUAAUUCUAUUUUUUACUGAUUCAUUUAAGAAUGACACUUAAAAAAACUAGAGCAACCCAAAGCCUUACUAAGAGAUGGACCUAAUCUUUUGUGUCAGGAUUGUUCAUUCCUAUCUGUAUUACUUAUGCUACAUGAGUUCAGAGUUAGAGGCACUAUCAAUGUUCCCUCUAAUCUUUUCCAUUCAUAUGUGGAUAUUUUCCAUUCAGGUGCAGAAUACAUUUUAUGUGCAAUGAGGCAUGUGCAAAUGUGCACCACAAACAGAAACACAAACCUGGCUGUGGGUGCUCUGCUAAUCAGCUGGGUGGCAUGGGAAUGUUUCCUAACUGACCACACAAGUGUACAGCUUCCAGGGAACACUGGUCACUGUCCUACAAGGCUCAGCAGUGAAGGUACGUCUAGACUGCAGUGCUAUUUUGGGAUACUAGUGUUAUCCCAAAAUAGCUAUUCCGCAUCUUUUGAACCAGCCUGUUAUUUCAAAAUAGAUUUCGAAAUAAUGGGCUCGCUAUUCCGACAUACCUGUAACCCUCGUUCCAUAAAAAUUUAGAUUGAAUUAAAAUAUGCAAUUUGUGUAGCUCAGAUGCACCCUGAGUGUAUUCAAACCCUUGCAAGGCUUCCUGACUGCCAUUGCUGGAAACUCUUAGCAUUGUGAUAAUAUAGUGAUGUUGGGUAAGCUUCACACAAUGGCCCAUUGUCUCUGUGGGAUGGCAGAAAUAUAAAGCUUUUGAUACUGUAGGUUUUUCAGAUAUACAUAGUAACUUCUUUCCUUUCCAGGGAAGCUGAUUUAGUUUUGGUAUGGCCAGAAAAUUGAAGUUGUCCAGAAUAUUUGACAGUCACUUGGGAACUAAUCAAAGCCACUUGAUGGGUUUUGUUUAUGGCUGAAAAGAUGUAUUUUAACAUGAAGCGCUGUAAGAUUUUCUAAGGCAGCUUGAUCACACAUUAGAUUGUUUCUUCUGUGGGUAAAAUCCUGAAACAACAAAGAGUUGGUGUAAGGCUAAAGCAUGUGUACAGGAAGUACAGGGAGCCAGGACUGAAAAUAAGAUUGGGGGUUGUUUGAUUGUUUGUUUUGCUUUUUGGUCCCAAUCCUGCUCUCACUGAUGUCAGUACAAGUUUUCUUUCCUCUUAUUCAUUCUCCCCGCAUAUGGUUUUCUUGGUUACAGGUAGUGAUAUUCACAACGGGUGGGUUCUCUCAUGACCUACUCCAAUGUAUAAAAGAAGCUGGAGAGAACCUUCCUCAAAUUGUUUGGUAAAGCAAUCUCUUCUCUAAUCCCAUCUUCAUGAGGAAUGUUUUGCCCAUCUGUUUUUAAUUGAAUGGCUAUGCCUUGAUUUUCCUUCAUAUCCCCAUGGACGCAGUUAAUCACAGUGGGUGAUACACUGCAGUGUUUUUCUGGAAAAAUGGAUGUUUUUCCGGAAAAACUACACUUAUGUCCACACUAUAGUUGCCUUCUUUUGACAGAAAGUUGAAAGAACGCAGGGGUUUUUCCAACAGCAGUAAACCUCUUUCUACGAGGAAGAAGCCUUUUCCCAAAAGAGCUGUUUCAGAAAAAGGCAAGUGUGGAUGGAGAAGAGGGUUUUUUUUAUUUUUUUUCGAAAGAAGAGGCCUCCAGGAAAAAGCAUAGGUGCCUCAGUGGCCACUCCGUCCAUAGUAAUCACAACUUAAAUGUGAGAUAGCAUCCAUUGAAAGGCUAGAAAUGUGAGAUUGCUAAAAGCUUAAAUGCAAGAUAGCUUUUGCUGUGUAGAUGCUCUCUUUUGAAAGAAGUUUUUCCGGAAGAUCUCUUCUGCAAAAGCGUUUUCCAAAAGAAGCUGGCAGUCUAGACAUAGCCAGUAACAGGUACUAGCUUCAUGUGUUGCAGAUUUUCAAGUCUUUCAUGGUUGACUCUCAAGUACCCCAGUCUGGGGCAUGUCUAUGUAGGAAAGUUAUACCAAUGUAAACUACGGUGUGGAUGUAAAUCACUGCAGUUGUGGAAUAAGAGAGGGAUUUAUGGGAUAUUAUCACAUUGGAAACGGUUGAAGCUAAAACAAAUUUAAAAAAUAACAACCUCUACUGGUAUAAGUAUACCAAUAUAACAGGUAAAAGGUCUCAUGUAGAUAGGUCCCAGUCUAUGAAAUCUCCCUCCCGUGGAGAAUAGGUUUCUAGGACUACUCCUGGUAUUGCUUCAUCUUAGGGCAAAACCUGUUUGCACAUCUUGUUUCACCACAUUUAUAGCAUAGUUUUCCCCAAGACCCAUCUUUCUGAAAAAUAGGAUAAGUCUGAGAACCCCUUGCCCUUAUGGCCACCCUAUAAAGGGACCCAGUCUUCCCAAUGUGGAAAUAUGUUUUGUAUUGUCUCCUGGCAUCUCAGGGCCUUUCCACACUGGAAUCUGAUCAGAUUUAGCAACUGCCCCUAAAGGACUCAAUCCUCAGAUACAGACCAGAGGUUACAGAAUGGAAUGAAGUAUAUAAGUCCUGAUAGACAGGGUCCUUGUUAUAGCGCCUCUGGCACUGUCAGCAAGUGUCUCUUCAGGCAUCUUGAUAGGUAGAUGUCCCCAUCACCAUCCAAAGAGUAGUAAAAAGUUGUCCAUAGGUCUUUUCCCUGGGCUGUUUAGUUUUGGACUGUAACCUCCGAUAUUUUGAUUUACACUUUCUCCUCAUUCUAAUCUAAAGUGGACUUUUUUCCACUUAGAACCUAAGCAACACUCCCUUGUGGCAAAGGGCCUGGAUGAAUGGUUUGGCUUAUAUAUAACACCAGUGCACCAGUCAGUCAGGUAAAGACAAAAGGUCCUUUAUUGAUGCUGCCCUGCCCCAGCUUGGGACAGAAAAAGGGCUGGCAUAGCAAUAAUCAACUAACUAACCAGUCAAAACACACCCCAAGAGUUGUCAGCAUUAACAGUUUGAUUAGGCAGAUUUCAGGCAGCACCUAUUGGCUAGUCUCCCCUCCCCCAUCCUCACACACCUCCUUACUGAUCUGUUCCUAACAUUUAUACAAUUUCCUGAGGUUUCAAGGGGCUAAUCUGGUACAGUCUGUAGUGUGAUCCAGUAAACAAUAGCUGAUUUCCUGGGUUAUAAUCUCCCAAACUAAAACCUGAAGAGGAGGUGGGGACCACCCAACAGAAACAUGGUAGCCUCUUCAGGUGAUUAACGGUUCUAUGACAUACACCUGUCAUCAUUCAUGGGACCUGCAUGCCCAUAAAUGAAUGGCAAUGGCUCUGAUCCAGCAAGGGAUGGAAGCAUAUAUCUAAUGUCAAACAUGUGAGUAGUUCCAUUGAUGUCAGUGGGAUUACUCAUGUGUUUUAAGUGCCUCCCUGAAUUAGGGCUUUCACUAGAAUAUCUGGGAUUUUUUUUUCCAAAUUUCUGAGCACCACAAAAAAGGUUGCAAGGACUGGAUAGUUUGCACCUAAGAAUUCAUCUGACUGUAGGCUGAUUGUAAGAUCAAAAUCAAGGGCACAGUAUUCAGGUUGCAAAUUAAGUUAUUUUCCAGCUUUAAACUCUUGUAUAUCUUCACAUAAAUGCCUUCUUGCUCCAAAGAGAACCCACAUUAUCCUCUUAAAACAACUGAUCUUGUUAUACAUUCUUCCUUCUGAGGCAAAUUUCACAAGAAGCAAUAGCAACUCUGGAGAGCAGAGGGGGUGAAGGAGACAGGACCAGUUUUCUGAAUAACAGACCCCUCAGAAUAUUUUCAGGAAUAUGUGACCAAUUGAGGAAGAGCUGAAAGAGGAAAUGUCAGUAGGAGUUUGGCCAUUGGAGGCAGAAGGCAGGCAUAACUAGACUGCAUGGUUUGCCUGAUGACAUUUCUAAAUCUGUACUUUAAGUGGUGUAACUCAGGGUGCAUCUACACUGCACCGUUAUUUCGAGAUAACUAGCGUUAUUUCAAAAUAACAAUGCAAGCAUCUACACAGCCAUUCUGUUAUUUCAAAAUAAUUUUAAAAUAACUGACAGCUUAUUCCAAAAUCUGUAAACCUCAUUCUAUGAGGAAUAACGCCUCUUCCAAAAUAGCUAUUUCAAAAUAAGGAUGCUCCACUGCUGCUAUUUUGAAAUAGCCCCACUGCAGGGCCAUUCUAAGUUAUUCCUCCCCAGUGCCUCCUGGGGCUCAAAAUCGAGAUAGCAUGUCCACAUUAGGGAACUAAUUUUGAAGCUUCCCUGCAGUGUAGACGUGCUAUUUCGAAAUAAGCUAUUUUGGAAUAACUACUCUGGACUAGCUUAUUUUGAAAUAGCCGUGCAGUGUAGAUGUACCCUAAGUUACGUUCAUCAGAGGAGCUCCUCAUUUUCGUACACAUACAGCAAGGUCAGGAGUGGAUCAUGGGACUAUUUGAAUAUGUAAAAUAAAAUGGACAUGAAUAAAGAUUCUGUGCAAAAGAAAUAUCAUUUUCCCUUACCCAGCAGAGCAGUAUGUGUAGAUGCAUUUUCCUCCAUCUGCACCAUCAUCUCUCAUGUUUAUUUUGAUCUAUUACCCACAGGAUCAGGGAAACUUAUUAUAGGAAAAACUGUGACAGUCCUUGCAGCAUUUCCUAUAAAAUUGCCAUGAGCACUACCCACAGCUCUGCUGCAGAGCUGCACACUGAUCCAGCAUCGUGCCUACCUCCAAGUUGGAAAGUGCUUUAAUUAUAUUCUGUUCUUCCUGUGUCUUGGCCGUGUAGUUAGAGCCAGAGCAAUUGUCUUCCUAGCACCCCAUAUCUAAUUUAUAACAUCUAAACCCAAAUGUGAGUCUCCCUGUGCUACUUAAAUUCCACAGGGGAGCUUCUCUCAGGGAAAUGAAAUACAACACUCCUAAUAUGUAAAAGUGUUUUAAAUCUUUGUGCCAAGCUGUAUGGGAAACCUCAUUAGAGUGAGAUGAUUUCUGUUUAUAGCAAAAGCACUGAAUGAAACAGAGUCAUCUCAGACAGCCACAUCUCAUUCUGAUGCAAAUACAGCAGCCUUGUUACUACUAAGCAGCUUCUCUGGGUCUAGAUUAGCCACUCUAGUGUUCCCUGGACAAAAAGACUUUAAAGUGUGAUUUGUUGUGAGUGACUGUCGAAAUCCUACAGAAAGAAUCGGUAUUUUGUAUGCUUUGAAGGCCAAUUCUGCCACACUAUCUCACUGACUGGUAAUAGCCUCUACCAGCAAUUCCACCGCAAUACCCAGGGAUUGGGAUCCUACUCAACGUAAGGAUGCCAGAAUGUGCUCCUGACAUGGGAAAGCACACAGCACCCCAAAGCACCUCAAAGUUGCCCCAGGGCCCAGCAAUUUAAAAAGGCCUGGGGCUCCCAGCCGCUGUUAUUCCAGCUGCGGCAGUGACUGGAGCCCUGAGCCCUUUAAAUCGCUGCCAGAGCACUGCACAGUGCACUCCAGGUGGCUUUCAGGACUGGCUGGCAGCAGUGUGGGGAGGAGCCAGUGCGGCAUGCUUCAGGCAGUACUGAGGGCUGGUUGCCCCCAGCUCUGCCCUUAGGCCUGAGUCCCUACCCCUUCUGGGGGCAUGACGCCAGGCCCCCCCACACUUUGUCCAGGGGCCUGGCAAGUCUGUUAGCAUCCCUGCAGCUGUUGGCUGGACACCCAGCUCUGAAGGUGGUGCUGCCACCAGCAGCAGCAGCAAAGUAAGGAUGGCAUGGCAUGGUGUUGCCACCCGGACGUCUGCGCUGUGGCUGGCGGCAGUGCUGCUGUUAGAACUCUGUGCACAGUGAGGGUUUUCCCCUGAAGCUUGACAUCCCCUCCCCCCCUUUGAAUAUGUUCUGUACCCCCAGGGGGUCUGCAUCCUUCAGUUGAGACCCUCCACACCUAUGGCCUCUUGAGCUCCCUUUCCGCCUUCCAUUCCUAUAAUUCUUUUAUUAUUUAUUUUACUUGACAUAAAUAAAGUUCUCUUUUGGAUCACUCCAUCUAUUGGGAUAGAGUCAAAUCUCCCUGCAAAACUAAAAUAAAAGCCUGCCAUUAAAGUAUUCACACCAUAAUGUUUAGACCCUAUUCCUGCAAGGAUUUACACAUUUACUUAACUUCACGCAUAUGGAAGUAAUCCCGCCUGUGUAUAUUUAAGUAGCAGUUAAGAGCCCACUGGAUCAAAGUUAUUUUCUAGAUUAUGGGGGGGGGGGAGGUUACUACAUUGAACAAUUGUUCCUGUGUGUCUGCUAAGGAUUUAAUAUAGCUCAGCCAUAUUUUUAGCAUCCUCCAACCUACUCAAAGUUAACUGACUAUGCACAGACAGAGCUGUGUAGAGAGGGAAGAAAUCUGCUGUUCCUCCAUGCCUGAAACCAUAGCCUCACGUUACAGUAGCAUUGUGGAACGGGGGUGGGGAGGGCGUUGUCCAGCACAUCUGUUAAAUCACUGAUUUACUGGCUGCACAAUACCUCCCACCCACCCAAAACAAACCAGCCCUCUGCAUUGUCCUGGUCCAAACCUUUGCAGUGUAUGGAGACUGUCUCGGAUUGCCAGCCUUUAGCCUCUGCGAAACAACACUUCUUUUGCUUUCAGAGUCGUGCGGGGGCACGGCAGGGAAGUGCGACAGGUCCUCUCCUCCCCUCCCCCCAAAGUGCAUGCAGUCCAAUUUAAAUGAUUGCUGACAUUCUACUGAACUUUUUUCCCCUCUGGUUUCUGUCAUGAAUGGGCCGUUUGAUUUAGAUCAAAACAGAGCUGCCUCUAGUCACCACAAUCAUGAUGUCAAACCUCAUCUGAUUCAAAGAGAAGAGGUGGGCAAUAUUCUGAUCUUUAGUCCUUGCCAAUAAAGCAAGCAGGCUGACUGCCUGUAAAUACUUAAACCAGGCUGAGUGGGCCAUCUGUAUCCAAAGGGAAAGGGAAACAAAAUGACACAUCACACAAUAGGUUUGUACAACUCCAUUUGCACUGUUUAAAGCAUGACUUGUCUGCUUUAUUGGCUGCUGUAUUAAAGUGUUAAAUCACUUAGGAACAUGCUGGGUACUUCAGCUUUAGUUGGGCUUCUCCAAGCCCCAUAGGAAAGUUGGCUCCUCAAUUCCCACUGCUUUCAAUGGGACUUAGCAACUUUGACUAUUUCAGCGUUUGUGUCCUGUUUGUAGUACUGUAUGUAACUAUCACUUGUGGCUUUGUUUUGGAACAUUGUAUACAGUAAUAAUAGCAAAAUAAUCAUAAAAAUAUAUUAAUAUACAAUCUUUCAAUCUGAGCUUUUUUUAUUAGAGAAUUAUAUAUACACCCAUUAGUCCAGGAAAUUCUCUGAAUUCUUGAAAAGUCUGGCCAGUGUUAAUGUUACCCUAAGAAAUGCAAGCUAGCUAGCUAGCAUACUGUAUGGGUUCAGUAUUUUAUAGUCAAAUAGCCUUGUUCAUGUCUUCUGGUGAGAAAAUUUAAAAUGUAAUAGUCGUGUGAGCUAAAGGAAAGUUAUGAAGUAAAAAUGUUAAACAAAGCUGUAAAUUCAACUUACAUUUUAAUAAAGAAUAUGGGCUGGGGAGAAUAUA